AUGCACGCAAAAUUUUAUGCACUUAUGCUUGCAGCGCUGGCGCGCUGCGCGCACGCAAGAAUAUCGUUUGACCAGGUCGUGGAGAUACAAGGCACUGAAAUAGGAAACAGCAAAGCCUUCAUCAACCCGAGGGGGCCGCUCUGCCUGCUGCGCGGGUUCGUGUACUCCGAGCUGGGCUACAUGCACAACAAGCGCUUCUUUUCGCCCGAGAUAGAAACUGACUAUAAGCUGGAGCCUGUUGGGGAUGCCAAAAAAACAUGGAGGCACAUGUACACAAGAAACGUGCAGAACGACAAGCCCUACCCGCCUGCGGAGGGGCCCGCUCUGGGUUUCAAGUCUGCUGCCCCAGAAGACUACGCCGUGGCGUACCACCGCGCGCUCAUCGAGAUGUUUCCGUCUGUCGACGGGCACGCUCUGUCCGUAACUGUGGGCCGAAAGGACUCCUUCUUCAAGGCCCUGCAGAGGAUGCCCACCAAGCACCACGCGCACUGCGUGCUGGCUGCGCUCCUCCUGCUGAGCGAGGGCGUCGACGUGCCCAUCACGACCACGCCCGAAGAAAUAUCACUGCAGAUAGACGGCAUAGCAUUUCAGGAAAAGGCGUGCGAAAAGGCUGCCCUGGUCAUAGACUUCUUCAAAGACAACAGAGGAAAAGGAAAACUGCCGUGCACGCCAGAGGCCUUCAGCACCGGGGACUUUCUAAACACGCCGCAGUUCCUCAUCCAGGCGUACGUCUUCGAGUACAUCACGAGCCAGGACGACGCCCUGGACUUUGCAGCGUGCGCGCAUGUCAUCCUCAAAGGCCUGCCGGAAAAUGUUACAAGAAACGUAUACAGCGCGUGCUUUGUGGAGAGCAAGGCCGAGGCCGAGGAAGACAAGAUUCUGCGCCCGCUUAGGGUGAUUCAAGAAAGAAUGAAGAUUCUACAGACGUUCCCGUUCACCAGCCGAAACAUGCUGCCGGCGUACACAAGCGUGCAUGUCUGCAAGAGAGGCCAGCGCAAGCUUUUGAGCGAAACCUUCAGCAACUGCGUGGAGGCCGGCCUGCUGGCGCUCUUCUGCUGCCUUGCCCACGACCCAGCCCUGAAGAAGUACGACGCGGACGCCAUGCUCGGCAAGAAAAAAGAGGGUGAUAAAACAGAGGCUCUGCGCACUUUCUUCCAGUUGAAGGGUGUCACCCCAAAGGCGUGCGCCACCAAAGAGACGAUGCAGGAGUGGAACUACGUCGUGUCUGCCCUGCAGAGCGAGCACAUCGCGUACGUGAGAAAAAGCCGAAACGAGCUGUGCUCCGGAUUUUUUAACGCUCUCUACGUUGUCGCAGAAACAACAGGCAGGCGGGAGCAGGAGGAGCCGAGAAUACGCGAGCUUGCACAAGUGCUAGAAGGCUGCAAAAUUGGCAAGGCCUCUGAGGAUGUGUUUGAAAAAACUCUGGAGUAUGCGGCAGAGCUUUUUGCGUCUCUCUCCGUGGACAAAUCCUUAAAAGUCGAAGUCUCCAACUUGAAGGUCGACGCCUGGAGCGACGGGCAGAAAGACCUCUACGGAACGAUCACCCUGAAGUACACAGACAAGGACAGCGUGAUAGAGCAGGGCAUAUGCCUAGAGUCUACCCCCAAACACCUUGCGGUUGCUUUGUGCCCGUGGACUUUUCUGUCUUCAGCGACUGGUGAAGAAGAGGCCUUCUUUGCGGUGGACGGCUACUCAGACCCUGCAGACUUUGUAGAGUGCCUGCUUGCCGGGUACGCAGACGCGUGGAGGGCCAGGGGCAUGGAUACUCAAAAGGACAUGGAUACUCAAGAGAGCAUGCUUUCUCAAGGCAUGCGAGAGGCCGCAGGCCGCCUGGCGGAAAGCGGGGCCUCUGCCCACCCAAACGAGCUUUUCUUGCUCGGAAACCCCCUGAGAUGCGAACAGAUAAAAGAGUUCGCCAAGCACUUCACCCUGCAUGCAGCAGCAAAAGGCUUCGAGCUCGCCCAGGAGCACCCGGGCGUGCGCCUCCUCUCGAACAUGCUCGGCAGCCUUCCGCUGGACGACGAUGCAACGCAAAUCGCUGUGCUGCAGCACAUAGUCAGCCUGGACAUGCUGGGCGAGCUGUAUCCAAGAAUCGCCCUGUCAAAGAACAUAACUGCUAUAAUCUAUAAAAACUUAUUCACUACCAUCCGAAUAGGGAGAUACACCGGAGACAACUGCGCGCCCGCAGCAAACGCCAUCAUGAAAUACUUCAGGGAGUACAAAGAUAAAGCAAACCGGCCUUUUUUCCUGUGCAGCGAGCUAAAAGGCUUUGUCGUCGCCUCUGACUUGUUUCCCGCGCUGCUUGCAGACAAGUCAACGCGCUGCAUAGACGAAAUUGGCGCGCUUAUUGUGGAUGUGGAGAAGGAAGACCAGAGGAAGGCACUGGACACCAAGGCAAUCUUUGACCUCCUCGUGUUCCUCGCCAGCUUGAAACACAAAGACACCUUGCCCGAGAUGGUGCCUGUUCUAGGCAGCAGGCUUGGGCCAAGGUCGAUCCAGGCAUGCAGUGGUGCCAGCCACAGACCGUAUAUCAAAAGCCAAGAAGCCUCUGCGCUGCUGGAGGCUCUGAACACGCACCGGAGCGCUCUGUCGCAGACGCCCAGCGGAGCGGAGGUGUUCAACGGCGUGGUGGGCAUACUCCAGUUCAACAUAGACCAGAAUCAAUAG